GGAGCAUCGGCUAUUGGCUCGGCCGGGAGGAGACGCGCAUUGGCAACCUCGCCGGGUACCUGGAAAGGCCCAGCGGUGCAGCGAGCGAGGCAUUGAACUCGCCGCUCCCUUUCCCCACACGCCCUGUCGAGGAGCCUCGCUCCGCGCCCCAAUAUGGCGGGCGGGCGAUGCGGCCCGCGGCUGACGGCGCUCCUAGCCGCCUGGGUCGCGGCGGCCGCGGCGGCGGCGGAGGAGGAGGCCGUCCUGGAGCACAUUCCGCUGCCGGCAGAGCGGAGCAUGGUGCUUCCUAUGACCGCCUCCAACUGGACGCUGGUGAUGGAGGGCGAGUGGAUGCUGAAAUUUUAUGCCCCUUGGUGUCCAUCUUGCCAGCAGACUGAUUCAGAAUGGGAGGCAUUUGCAAAGAAUGGUGAACUGCUUCAUAUCAGUGUGGGGAAGGUCGACGUCAUUCAAGAACCAGGUUUGAGUGGCCGCUUCUUUGUCACCACUCUCCCAGCAUUUUUUCAUGCAAAGGAUGGGAUAUUUCGUCGAUACCGUGGUCCCGGAAUCUACGAAGACCUGCAGAAUUAUAUCUUAGAGAAGAAAUGGCAAUCAGUUGAGCCUCUGACUGGCUGGAAAUCCCCGGCUUCUUUAACGAUGUCUGGAAUGGCUGGUCUUUUUAGCAUCUCUGGCAAGAUAUGGCAUCUUCACAACUAUUUCACAGUGACCCUUGGAAUUCCUGCUUGGUGUUCUUAUGUCUUUUUCAUCAUAGCCACCUUGAUUUUUGGCCUUCUAAUGGGUCUGGUCUUGGUGCUAAUAUCGGAAUGCUUCUACAUGCCAUUUCCAAGGAAUUCAUCGGACGGUCCUGAGCAGAGUCGGCAGUCAGAUGAGGCUCAUGGGGCUGAACAGUUGCAGGAUGCAGAGGACGAGAAAGAUGAUUCAAAUGAAGAUGAAAACAAGGACAGCCUUGGAGAUGACGAGGAAGAGAAAGAAGACCUUGGCGAUGAGGACGAAGCAGAGGAAGAGGAGGAGGAGGACCACCUGGCUGCCGGUGUGGAUGAGGAGAGGAGUGACAGCCAGAAGCAGGGGCCCCUGCGGGAGGCCCAGGAGGACGUAGUAGGACCUGAGGAGACCACAGGAGGUGCCCCUGAGCAGCCUCGUUCCACUGACUCAGAGGUGGCGGAAGACACCCUGAGGCAGCGCAAAAGUCAGCAUGCCGAUAAGGGACCAUAGGGGUGCAGGCGGUGUUUCCCGGAACAGAGCAGAGGCAGGUGCCACCUUCCCUGUGGUCUGCAGUCUAAACCAAAUCCUCAUCGUUCCUGGGCGGGCAAGCUGCUCCUUAAAAACGGUCUCUAGUCAUGUAGUCUCGGCAUUAAGCCUAAUUAUAUUAAUGAGAAUCUUUCAGGCAUGACAAUCAGGAUGCGUGGUGUUAGGAUAUGUUUGGGGGCUUGGGGUGGGCACAAGUUUAUGUACCUGGGGCUGGAGAGUGUUGACCAGAGGAAGCAGCGCCAGCCCCUGUGAGGACUGUUCAUCCCCAAGGCUGCAGCCCCAGAGGCUGGAAGCCGGGCAGCCCGGUCAUCCUCACAUGUAGCAGGAGUCUGGCUUCCCCUCGUGUUAAGUAUUUACUUUUUUCACUCUGUAAGAAACAUCAGGCAUCAUAGUACAGGGCCACCAUUUUAGAGGUAGACAUCGAGAGGCCCUGGAUCAUUGUGGAAAGGAGCUUGGAACAUCCCGAUUCUGUUUCCUUUGUUAUGUUUUGUUUCUCACCUUUGACAUUUUCAGCUUUCCCACCGUGGGCCUGCGGGCUCCCUACACCCCUCACAGCACUCCUAGUGAGCGGACUCAGACAGCAGCCGGGCGACACCAGCUGCUUUGGUCCACUUAGGGUGCAGGUCAUCAGAGCCCGCAGCCCGCGAGGCCAGGACUGCCCCGCUGCUCGGAUGCAGUGCCGUCACCUCCAGAGUCAACAGAAGUAGGGGUUUCACGGGAGAGUUUGGUUGUUUUUUGCCAAAAAUGUAGUAAUUUUUUUCAAAAAGUUUCUUUAGCAAUAUUCUUUUUCAACCCCCAAGUCCCUAAGUCUCUCCAGUACAAGGUAGUCUUGUGAAGACAACUGGAGUAUGGUGGUGUUUUGUUUUCAUCCCAAGGGGUUCCCUGGUCUUGAACCACUUUCAUAAUAACUGAAAGACCAUUUCAGGUUUUCCUUUAGUGAUGUGCUUUUGGGGAAAGAAUUAAUGAAAUUGAAUAUGUGGAAAUGAAAGAUUUGGUUUCAUUUCCUUCUUCCUUAAUCUUGUAAAGAAUUUUAUCCCUGUAAAUCUCUCAAUGCUCAAUCUACUAAAAGUACCCAGGGGACCCAAUUUCUUUUAAAAAAUCCAUCCAUCUACUUCUGCUUACCUGAUUUAUGUCUUAGAAUAAAUUCAUAAAAUUAGAUUCCAAACUUAUGAAAGAUGACUAAAGUUGAUUCUACACCCCUUGGGUCCAGACAGAAUAAUAACUAGUGCAGGCUUAUGAAAGUCAGAAGUUUCUGUCCUUUUAAAAAAGAAACAUGCAGUGUACUGUUAUCUUGCUGUUUAGAUAACCCUUUCCUCACUUAACUUUGAACACGGGGUCACGGGUGGGGGAGGUUCUGAGACGAGCUGUCCUGUGCGUGAACGAGCCUGUUGCAAGCCUCACACAAAAGGAGUUUUUAUUCUGCCAGAAUCUAAUUUUUAGAGCUGGUUAUUUUUCAUCUUCCACUUCAGUUCUCUGACAGCUUCAUACCAUAGCACGGUGCGGUUCACUGAGUCUCCAGCUUUGGGCAGCUGUGAUGCUGGGGAGAUCCCGGCCGGGCCGAGGACGUCCGAUCUCUCCUCCCAGCCCUUUACCCUCUGCGGAGCACCCUCAAUAAAAUGCUUUGAUCCCUCCUCCUCCAAGAAAGAGUCACCAAUAGUUUUUCUCUUCAGAGAGCAACACAACCUCAAGUUUGAGGCUGUCAGAAAACUGUGGGAUGGGAAAAUCUUGGUUUUUGCUCAUGUCCUUUCCCUCCCACCAGGUAGGUCCCUGACACAUCUUAACCCAAAGUGCCAUCGUUCUGAUGGUGGCAGCUCCAGCUCCCUGAAUCUGGGAAGCUCUCUGGAUCAUUGCUGAGCUGGGCACGCCCUCCUUCACUGGGCACGCCCUCCUUCACGGGGUUCUCUUACAAUCAGCGGAAUCAUGUUUUCAAAGAUCAUCAAGUUCAAGUUCAGAGCUAUAAACUAAGAAAACUUUCAGUUGGACUUUUCUGUAUAAUCUUCCCCCCAUAAUAAUUUUUUUAAAUGGAGUAUUUGACUAGAGGGGAAGGAAUGAAGACAUACAAUCUACUUUGGCUUUUUAGAAAUGUAAGGCCAAUUUCCAAUUGGACCCCGAAUAGUAUCUAAUUAUAUAAUUUUGUAAGAGAAAAUGUAUUUUCUUUCUCAGCAAUAUUUAAAAAUAUUGGAGUGAGGGGAGAAAAACCAUCUUGGAGAAGAAAAUUCAUUAAAAGUUUAAAUGUCUGGCUAUGAGAACUAUUUUUCCUGUUUGUUUUUUAACAUCCUGGCAAAAGUGGGUUUUUUACCAAAUGGUCUGAUAAAUACACAUCUAAUUUCAUGUCUUUCCACUUGAGACUUUUAGGUUUGUUUUCAGUACUGAUUGUAUAAAACAAAAGGGAAAAAGUCAACCUAAAAUAAUUUGAAAUUAGAUUAACAUUUCAAUAGGAUUUUAAGGGUAUUUCUUAUAGAUAAUAUAUUUAUUCCAGAAGUGCAUGGAAACAUGAUUUUGAUUUAAAAAGUAAAAAGUAAUCAUGCUUCCCUAUAUUGUAAUAUCAGUAUUUAAUUACACAUUAGUAUUUUGUAUAAAUCUAAGGUAGGUGAAUUAAAAGUACCUGGUUUUGAAGUCGGGGUGUGGUGGUUUCUGGGUGAGUAGUUGGAGCAGGGCGCCUUUUCAUUGAUUGGAAGGAAAGGCUGAACUUCUAGCUGCCUUUUUCUUAGUCUCUUUUAUUCCUCAGCUCUUGCUGGAUCUGCUGCACCAUCCCAACUUGCUUAGAGAGCUCAUAUCGGGGUAACACACGGGCAGCCCCUUCCCUUGAAGUAGAAGCAUUGAAUGGGUGAGAGGCAGACUCACUCAGCUCACAACCUCCGUUCAUGCAAACGACCCCUGCCAGCCUCCGGCCUCUACAGGAAGAAAUUCAAGAUAACUACUGUAAGGAAAAGUGAACAAGCUUUGGCCAGGUUGGCUUUUGACAUUGGAGAAAGCCAAAAUUUAGCUAUUUAUGGCCGAAACCCCUUGAUAGCUAACAGUGUUGCGACAUGAUUUGGGUAUACAUACACCUGCGGAACCUGCAUCCUGUAACACCUUUGGGGUAGACGAUGAAGAUGUCUCUCAGGGCCUGGACAGUUUUGCUCAGUGGUUGGAGCAUUGGCCCAAGGACCAAAGAGUUACAGUGUUGAUUCUGGUCAAGGGCAUGUACCUCAGUUGCUGUUUGAUCC